UGUGUCGGUAGCUGUUCGUAUUGAAGAAUGCGCGAUGCAACCAUAAAGAUCAACGUUGGACUUUACUGAUAUAAAAGUGUGGCACAAAAUGGAGAUCUGAUGCUAUUUAUUCCCCACAAAAUGGUCACUUCUUCUUUUCACAAAAUCUUACUCUUUGCCUUGAUGGCACUCGUAACGAUAUAUCACACAACAAAUGCAGCUCCCACAAUUGCACUCCGUGACACAAUCAGCGGAGGUUUAAAUGGAAACGGAUGCAGUAUGGAUAAUUACGUUAAUGGGAAAUUGGUUCCUGCCAGUGGAUGUGGUUCGGAUGAUCAAAAUACGUCAAUUGAUUCAUCUAUCAUUUCAAGUGCUUCGAGUACAACAACUUCUACGAUUCCUUCAUCUACUUCCAUCUAUUCUGAUAGUAAUGAUAGCACCACAAGCACAACCAGCGUCAAUGGCGCUCACAUCAACUCGCCUGGACCAGCUUAUAUAAUCUCUUCUGUCUUUGGUGUUGUUGCAGCUUUUGCAAUCUUGGGCUGAUAUAAAUUACCAAACAAAUCACACAGAAUAUAAUAGACAAAAUGAUAUUAUUGAUAGAAC